GCACCAGUCCGCGGCAGUCUCGCGCAAACCAUCGAGUUGAGCGGCAGGUUCUCGACACGUCGUCGGUUUCUCCUGGUCUACCUUUAUGAUCGUCGUCAAUUGGCAUGCCUCGUCGGAAACUAAUGUUCAAAGUUUUGUCGCGCUGAACGCUGUUUCGUGUGAUAUAAGGUCGUGUGUAUUCGUUUCUCUCGUGUAUCCAUUUUAACUUUCAAUUAGUUUCGAUCACUGCGGAGUAAUUUCACGUGAUUUACAGGCUCUUCAGUAAUCUAGGCAUCGUUCUGUUUACUGUUCAUGGUUUACACGUGAUAUGACCCAGUCCCGCGAGGUUUUGGCGAUGAUGGACGCACACACAACAACGUUUGGACGUAAAAGAGGUUGCACAGUCUCUCCUUGCGGCGCUUUCCUUUUUGGUGCUGCUGUCUUUAUAUCUUUGGUCGUGACCGGGCUUCUGGUCUAUCAUCUUGCGCCAUGUCUUGAGGAAAAGCUCGUUAAACCAUGCGGUGACUUCUGUAAUUCAGAAUUCGAGGGUCGUGGUCUGUUUAAUAAGGACACGUAUAACAAGAAAAAAUUGGACGUCCGAUUACCAAGAUCUGUGGUGCCAGAUUCGUACGAGUUGAAGCUAAUACCGUUCAUACAAGUGGGAAAUUUUACUUUCCAUGGCGAGGUAAAAAUUCUAGUGAACGUUACGGAAGACACGAAAAAUGUGACACUGCACGCGGUGGAUAUGCAUAUCAAUGAAAGUUUCACAAAUAUCAAGGAGUAUUCAGAAAUCAAGAAAGUGGAGAAGAUAAUCAAAAUCAUGGAACAGAGAAACGACACUGAACGGCAGUUUUACGUGAUUAGAACGUUGGACACGUUGAAGAGUGGCAAGCAAUACGUGGUGCAUCUAAAGUUUGUUGGUUAUCUGAAUGACUACUUGCAAGGCUUCUAUAGAAGCUCGUAUACUGUUGGCAGUCAGACGAGAUGGAUCGCCACGUCACAAUUCCAGCCAACAGAUGCGCGACGUGCUUUUCCAUGCUUCGAUGAACCCGCUCUGAAAGCCACGUUCAAGAUCAGCAUUGCACGACCAAAGAACAUGUCAUCCAUCUCGAAUAUGCCUAGAAUGGGGGAGCCUAUGCCAGUGCCUGGCUUACCAACAUACGUGUGGGACCAUUAUGAACGUUCGGUGCCGAUGUCCACAUACCUGGUUGCUUUUAUUGUUUCGGAUUUCGAGGUACUGAAAUCCGAAUCUGAACACUUUAGAGUUUGGGCACGGAUCGACGCUAUCGAGCAAGCACGCUACACUUUAGACAUUGGCCCGAGAAUACUCGAAUAUUACGAAGACUAUUUCAAGAUUAAGUUUCCCUUGCCCAAGAUAGAUACUGUUGCUCUACCUGAUUUUUCAGCAGGAGCUAUGGAAAACUGGGGUUUAAUCACUUGCAGAGAAACUGCUAUGCUAUAUCAAGAAGGCGUCUCGACCAGCAGUGAUCAGGAACGUGUAGCAAUUGUAAUAUCUCACGAACUUGCUCAUCAAUGGUUUGGUAACUUGGUCACUCCAAGUUGGUGGUCGGAUCUUUGGUUGAACGAAGGCUUUGCCACUUAUGUAGAAUAUAUCGGUGUGAAUGCAGUGGAACCAACUUGGAAGGUUUUGGAACAAUUCGUUGUACAUGAUCUGCAAAAUGUUUUUGGUUUAGACGCGUUAGAAUCUUCACAUCAGAUAUCGAUCGAAGUCGAACAUCCCGAUGAGAUUAGUGAAAUUUUUGACAGAAUUUCUUAUGAAAAAGGCGCUUCUAUAAUAAGAAUGAUGGAUCAUUUUCUUACUAACAAAGUAUUCAAGCAAGGUCUAACGAAUUAUUUGAAUGGAAAAGCGUACCGAAGUGCCGAGCAAAAUGAUUUAUGGGAUGCUUUGACAAAACAGGCGCACAAAGACAACGUUCUCGAUCCAACGAUAACGAUAAAGCAAAUUAUGGAUACCUGGACUCUCCAGACUGGUUUUCCAGUGGUGACAGUUAUUCGAGAUUAUAACACUGGUUCAGCGACAUUAACGCAGGACCGUUUUAUGCUUCGUAAUGGUACUAUGGUGACCACAUCUAGUGUUGAACCACUAUGGUGGAUACCAAUUACAUAUACGACUGAAAGUCAAUUAAAUUUCAAUACAACUCAACCUUCUCAAUGGAUGAAAGCAGAAAAAUCGAUUACGCUAUCGAAUUUGAACUGGAAUUUCUCGGAGUGGGUGAUCUUGAAUAUUCAAGAAACUGGAUACUACAGAGUGAAUUACGACAGGAAAAAUUGGCAAUUGAUAAUCAAACAACUGAACAAGGAUUCCUUUAGAAAUAUUUCAACGAUCAAUCGUGCUCAGUUAAUAGAUGAUGCGCUUAAUUUGGCCAGAGCCGGAAGGCUAGAUUACGCCAUUGCUUUGGAUGUCACAUCGUAUUUAGCUCAUGAAACUGAGUACUUACCUUGGAAGUCUGCUUUCACUGCCAUGGAUUAUUUGGAUAGCAUGCUAGUCAAAACGCCGAGUUACGACAAAUUUCGGGUAUACAUUUUGAAGCUACUCGACAACGUGUACAAACAAGUUGGUUUUAAGGAUAGUUCUCGGGAUCCUCAGUUGACAGUUCUCACCCGGAUCGAUGUGCUAACAUGGGCAUGUAACUUCGGCCAUGAUGAUUGUGUGCAAAAUGCAGUGAGACAGUUCUAUAAUUGGCGUAAUACGCCUAGCCCGGAUAAAAAUAAUCCGAUCUCGCCAAAUCUGAAAUUGGUCGUCUACUGUACGGCUAUUCGAUUCGGAGGACAAAUUGAAUGGGACUUUGCUUGGCAAAGGUACUUAGAAACCAAUGUCGGUUCUGAGAAGGAUUUACUUCUGCAUUCUCUUGGUUGUACGAGAGAAACUUGGCUUUUAAGUCGUUAUUUGGACUGGAUGGUUACGGAAAAUUCGGGUAUCAGGAAGCAAGAUGCAGGACAUGUUCUAAAUUCUAUUGCUAGCAACCCUAUUGGACAGCCACUAGCAUUUAAUUUCCUCAGAAAUAAAUGGGCUCGUCUUCGAGAAUACUUCGGAACAUCAUUAAUGACGAUGAAUAAUAUAGUAAAAUCAGCAACCAGCGGUAUUAACACCAAAUAUGACCUUAAAGAUCUGCUGGAAUUUACUAAUGAACACAAGGGGGAGUUUGGAAGUGCAACGAGGUCAAUACAACAAUCGAUAGAACAAGCUGAAGCGAACAUACGAUGGGUGGAAGCCAAUCACAAUACGAUUCAAGAUUGGCUAAAAAGGAAUACCGCGUAACAAUAAAACGAAGCGGAUUAGUGUUACAUAAAUAAUUGUAAUAUCUGCGCGUUAUCCAAUGGAGCAAUUAAAAUUGUCGAAGCGAGGACUCCAUCCUCACGCGUGCAAAUAUUUCAAAACAUUGUUCGAUUAUUCGAAAGCAUAUUACUCAUACGAAAAUAAUCACUUUGUCGCUAUGGUUAAACGUAGACCACGAAAAACGACCUAUACCUGAAAUUUAUGAAACAAAUAUUAAGAGUUUUUUCAUGAUUUUGUAAAUACGUGUUAAAUAUUAAUGUAUGUAUGUAUAAUGCAACAUUUAGGUAUUUGGAUAGAAGAGGUUGAAUUCUGUCGAUGUUAUAGUAUUUUACGCAAAUUCGUGUAUAUUAAUAAUUUAAAUAUUCUCUUCAAAUUAUUUAACGGAUAAGUUGAAUUAUUUUUCCUUAUAAGACUUCAAUGUAUCUUUAGUAAUAGUUUGUUUCAUUAAAUUAAUCUGAACCUCUAUAUGUGAUUUAAAAGUAACAUCAUUUAUGCAUACAUACAUAUCUACAGUAUUCGACGAUAUUAGCAUCACGGAAAUAUUUAAACACUUAACAUAAAAAAUUUUUAUAAAUGUACUGUGUAUUUUAUACGAUACUUUUCGAAAUUUCUUUAUAUUACACUAAGAUACGAUUAUUGUAAUGAUAUUGGUAAGAUGUGAAACCAAUCUGAAAAUGUAUAUAGAGAUUGCAACACUUUUAUCCCAAACGAACAUUUAAUAAAAAA